GCCAGGGGCCCGGGGGGAGCGGUGCCACCCCACCCUCAGGGGCAUUUAUACCCCGUGCCCAGCUCAGCCUCCCUCAUUCCAUCACGGGAAGGGUACUUGAGGGGAUCCGGCUCUCUCCCCAUGUAUCAGGGGAUCACACAAUACUGAAUUACCAAUGGAAUCCUCAGGACUAAGGGCACCAUGCUCCCUACUGGUUCUACUCUCAGCGCUGGUGCUGCCUCCAACCCUGGCAAUUGAAGUUUACACCGAUCGGGAGGUCUAUGGGACGGUGGGCUCCAGGGUCACCCUGUCCUGCUCAUUCUGGUCGAGCGAAUGGAUCUCGGACGACGUUUCCGUCACCUGGCACUAUCAGCCCGACCACAGCCGGGAAAUGUAUUCGAUAUUCCACUAUGCCAAGGGCCAACCUUCCAUUGACGCUGGGGUCUUCAAAGACCGUAUUGAAUGGGUGGGCUCCCCGAAAUGGAAGGAUGCCAGCAUUGUGCUGCACAACCUGGAAUUAAUUGAUAAUGGCACUUUUACCUGUGAUGUCAAGAACCCACCCGAUGUGGUCGGAAAGUCUUCCUAUGUCCACCUCCAGGUCCAAGAGAAAGGUGCUGCCCGUGCCGGGCUGGUUCUGGGGAUCAUAAUUGCUGUUGCCCUGGCCCUAGUCAUUGUCGUGACAAUCCUCAUCCUGCUCAUUCGGUACUGCUGGCUAAGAAGACAGGUCCGAGUACAGAGGGAGCUUAGUGCACUUGAGAGGGGAAAAUUACACAAAGCAAAAGAUUCCUCCAAACGCAGUAGCAGACAGACCCCGAUCCUUUAUGCCAUGCUAGACCAGACCAGAGGCAAAGCAAGCGAGAAGAAGGGCAAGGGCGGCAUCGGCGACUCCCGCAAAGAUAGGAAAUAGCAAUUAGCAGGCAGGGAAGGUACAACGAAGGCAGAAGAAGAGUCCCCCCGCAGCUCCAAAGUCGUCUACACCAUCGAGAUGGAGCUGAGGGGGGACGAAGAAGGGGAUCAGCCCCGCAGAGCCGCUGUAAAGUCCCCCAGCAAAAACAGCCUCAAAAACGCCUUAAAGAACUUAAUCAAAAGCGACUCCGAGAAACAAACUUAAUUAAUAGCGGAGCAGUGGGGGCUUGGGAGUGGGAUGAUCCCAAAUAAGACUAUAACAUGGACAUACUUUGCCCAAGGUCCGCUGACUCCUAGCAGCCAAUUAGAAGUUUGCUUUCAUUAUCCUAACUGCACUAGACAGAAGCGGACUGCUGUUUGGUUGCUAUGGGUUACUGGACCUGGGCACAGAAUUUCCAUGUUACACAACUCCCAGAUAACCUUUUUAGUUCUCAAAUAUAAAAAUAUUCUGGCAAAAACCCAACAUUUUUGGUUCUAUUAAGUUGGUUCUCCUCUUCUUCCAACGCUCCCGAAUCCCCACUGCUCACACAGCGCGGCUAAUGCCUUCAGUAACAUAUUUUGUGUCACGCCAGCCUAGACCAUCAGGUACCUUCCCCUGCGGGAAACGAGCAAGAACAUUCCGAGAAAACAAGGAUUAACGUAGGACUCCUCCGGGAUACAGGGAAACCCAACUUAUCGCCGCAGGAGUGACUGCAAUGCAAUAGAAUGCAAGGUCAUUUGCAAGGUCAACCCAACUGGGGACCUCACUGAGAUAUUUAUAUGAUCAAGGCAUCGGUUGGGGGCAUCAUCAUUAUUGGUCAGAGCCACAGCAGGUUAUUCUAAUGUUCUUGCGUCAGCUUUAGGUAGACCCGUUGGCUUCCAGAUGUACAAUUGGGUUCAUAAUGGUGGAUACAGACCAUCUUCUCCAUUCCUGUUGACCUUGAUCAUACAAAAUAUUGCUUACCCUCAAGCUUCCCUUAGCUCUUCCUCGUACAAGCAUCAUGGGAUUUGUGCUCUUGCAAUGAUGGGUGGACGUAGAGUCUUGCCAAGUAGUGCAGGUACAAGGCUCUUGGGUGCCAUGGAUAUCUCAAACUCACCCCAAUAUAUAUGUCCUAUGUUGCAAGGCCUACACCCUGCUCUUGGUUAAGACACCACAUUGCCCUUCAAACCCCACUCUUAGGUGGCAAAUGUACAAGUAUUGCCCUUUCCGCCUCUCUCCAGGGCAAUAUUUCUACCAUUCUCACUUCUCCUCUCCAAAAGCGAGAGAAGAAGGAGACUUUUACGGUAUCUCCAUCAACUUCACGGCUGCUAGCGAGGCCUCGGAUUCUCUUAAGUGCCAGACAGCCAUGACGUUAAAGAGAGACCCAUAAGGAAGACUGCAGAUCCCAUGAUGCCCGACAUGCCAGAGCUAAGGGUAGCGGAGUGGGACCAUAUUGCCCGAUUCUUCCCUGGUUCCUCAAUUCUUCUUGAGUUCUCUGCAGGCCCUCGAGUCUGGAGUUAGAGUCCAUGUAGUUUAAUAUACAAUAUCUUGAUGUCCGUCUUAAAUACGUCUUCUUUUUUCUAUGGUGCUGCACUCUACGUGUGUUUUAGGCCAAGCGAUGGAGACCCGAUGAAGUUUCUUGGUUUAGAAUGGGUGAAACAAAGACUCUUUUUGUUUUGUCCCCCGUUGCCAUGACAUAUUAACCACCUUGACAUUUUUUGGGGGUAUUAUUUUUAAUGGCACUGUAUCUCUCUAUUAUAUUUUCUAUGUUGUUUCUUCCAUAGCCUAUUCGUUGCUCCAACCAAACUUGACGUCCAGAAGCGGCAAAGGCUUCUGGGCCCUGUCUCCGUCAUGUUAACGAGCAGAACGACACUUAGACUUCUAGAGAAAUUUGGGAUUUACCCAGUUGGCUUAGAGAAAUCGUAUUGGGGGGGCCAAGGUGUUACCAACAGGCAGAGUCCCCCAAAUUCAGAGAAAUUACUGAUCUUGUUCUCAAUUCUGCUCCUUCAGAUAAGAACGUCUGUUGCCCAAGAUAGACCUCGCCCAUCUCUUUAAUUUCUAUAUAUGUGUAUACAAUGUAUAUAAAUGAAAGUUUGAAAAUGUAUAUGCCAUGUACACCUCACCCCCCCCCCCCCCCUCUGUUUGCAGAAAACCCACAAUUGACAUUAAAAACCUUAAUAAAAACUUACUCCUGGGGAAAAAAAA